AUUUCAAUGUAUCUAUUAUCACAGAGUGUGCAUUCAAGGUAUGUACGGUAACACAUGUGGAAGCUGGGAUAGAGAAAUAAUAGUACACACUUGUAGGAUUGUUUUGAUCUUGGGUACAACUUGUCGAGACGUAGAUAUGCAUAGUACACAUCUUUUCUUAUGGAACGAUGAUAAUGCUACUAGAAUAAAAGGCUUUGACUGGUCUUUCAAAGCGGCAUACCGACGAUCUGAACCUAUAAGUGUUUAGAGAGUACUUACCACUCCGGGAACUAGGGUAAUACCGACGCCACGUGACUACGCGCUUUAGCGUUGUGGCGCGUCGCCUCCCAAGACUUCAUCAUCGACCCCAAAGCAUCCGGCUUGACGACAUGCUACCCCACAUCCAACAAUCGAACAGAUGAAGCCUUUCAGGCCGCUUACCCUCGCUCGCCCUCGAUCAGAGAAUGGCGAGCCACCGAGCAAGAAACGGAGAAUCUUGUCCAACGCGCUUUCCUCUGGCAGUCGUCAACCUCUCAACACGCUCAAUAAUCCCGCGCCAGCACAGUUCCUGCCCCCGGGUCUCGACGGAAACUACUACACAGUAUUAUGGCGGAAAUACACAACUAAGAAGAACAAGACGUGGGAUGGCGAUGGAGUGCUCGCUGUGACAGGUGGUUAUGCCACGCUCACGGAUAGCGAGACGGGAAAAGAGCUGGGCAAGGGAGUAUGCAGCCGGCCGCUACUUCCAGGCUCGGCGCUGUCCGUUGGUGGCAAGGAGAUUGAAAUUGAAGGCCCCAUCGACAAGGCGGACUACCUCGCUAGGCGCACAUUGCCAGGCAAUGCUGCAGCUGCGCCUGUAGCUCAAACGAAGCACACCGAAUCGGGAUACAAGCCUCUCUCAUCGGAAAAGAAGAAAGCAAGCAAGAAAAAUAACGCUGCUGGUAAUGGGGCGAAUGUACCAGAUUACAAGCCAUCGGCCCAGCGCAAGCAACAAUUCAAGGCCCCUCUCUUGUCAAAUACCGUCAUGCCUCAACGAAAUCCAUCGAUUCCACAGCCACGUCACGACCCUCACGCGCCCAAUGCUCUAGUCAUGAAGCGGCCCAAGUCCUGUCCGACCGGAAAGCAGAUUGUUGACGUUGUCGUCGACCCAGUCCUCAGCAAGCACCUUCGCGAACAUCAACGCGAGGGUGUGCAGUUUUUAUACGAAUGUGUCAUGGGCAUGCGAUGCGAGGGCGAAGGAGCCAUCAUGGCUGAUGAGAUGGGUUUGGGCAAGACAUUGCAGACCAUAACCUUGCUCUGGACGCUGAUGAAACAAAAUCCGAUAUACGAUACCUCACCAGUAAUUACCAAGGCCCUCAUUGUAUGCCCGGCUGGCCUGGUCGACAAUUGGAAGCGCGAGUUUCGAAAAUGGCUAGGCAACGAGAGAGUUGGUGUAUUUGUGCUAGACGGAAAGAACAACAAGAUCACCAACUUCACAAUGGGCAAAGCUUAUAACAUCAUGAUCGUCGGAUACGAGAUGUUGCGUAUCGUACAAGAUGAGCUGAAGAAGGGUAGUGGUGUCGAUAUCGUGAUUGCAGAUGAGGGCCAUAGGUUGAAAACCGCUAACAACAAAGCAAUGCUUGCAAUCCAGUCUCUCAAUACUGAGCGGCGGAUCAUACUGUCAGGAACGCCUUUACAGAACGACUUGGGUGAGUUUUACACCGCAAUUGACUUUGUCAACCCUGGACUACUCGGGCAACGAACGGCUUUCAAGCGUUCAUUCGAAGUGCCCAUCAUGCGCAGCCGUCAGCCAGGGGCGUGUGAAUCAGAGCUCGAAAAAGGAGAGGCACAAUGGAAGGAGCUCGUAUCUCUCACCAGUCAAUUCAUGAUCCGACGGACAGCAGAGGUGCUUUCCAAGUACCUUCCACCCAAGACUGAGCACAUUGUUUUCUGCAGGCCGACUAAAGGGCAGGCAGAGGCAUAUCGCGCAAUACUGAAUUCGCCGACAUUCAGAAUUGCACUAGGAAGUACGGAUAUUGCACUACAACUCAUCAAUGUGCUAAAGAAGGUCUGCAACAGCCCUUCUUUGCUCAAAUCAUCAAAGGAUAAUGAUGACACGCCAUCGGAAAUGCUACAGUCGCUUCUCCCUCUUAUACCGAGUAAGAUUCUCAGCUCAAGUGCUUCAAGCGCGAAGCUGCGACUGCUUGACAGCCUGAUUCACCGAAUCUAUACUACCACAGAAGAGAAGAUCGUCAUCGUUUCGAACUAUACUACCACACUGGACAUGAUCGAACGACUUCUUGUUUCGUUAUCGUACACUUUCCUCCGUCUGGAUGGUAGUACCCCAGCUUCCAAACGCCAGGCUCUUGUGGAGAAAUUCAACAAGACUCCGAAAACCGCAUCGUUCGCCUUCCUUCUAUCUGCCAAAUCUGGUGGUGUGGGUCUUAAUCUUAUUGGUGCAUCGCGCAUCGUGCUGUUUGAUAUCGACUGGAAUCCCGCUACAGAUCUGCAGGCUAUGGCGCGUAUCCAUCGUGACGGCCAGAAACUACCGUGUAAGGUAUAUAGACUCCUCAUUCAAGGCGGCCUAGAUGAGAAGAUUUAUCAGCGCCAAGUUAUGAAGAUGGGCCUUGCAAAUGCUGUUGUGGACAACAAAGCCUCUGCAUCCUCUUUUUCGCAGGAAGAACUUCGCGACCUUUUCCGGCUAGACGAGCGUGAAGGUUGCCAGACACACGACAUACUCGGUUGUACGUGUGACUGUAAGGGCUCACCGGAAAUCAAAGCCGAGGAACAGGACGUGGCUGCCGAAGACAAUACCGAUGACCCAGAAGGAGAUCCCUACCCAACCCUUACAAAAGCAAGCCAGGUCAACAUUGAGGAACAGGAAGCGAAGAUCAAGGCUAGGCGCGCGGCGAAACUUCCCAAGCUCAGAAUGUUGAUGGAAUACCGACAUAUUGACACCAAGAUACUCAAAGAAACGGUGACGGAUGAGCAAGGAGGGAACGAAGAAGCAGGGGUCGUUGAUGACAUGGCGGUGGCGGUGGAUGACGACGUAUUCCUCGACGUCCUAAAAGAAUCGGAAUGCAAUGUCGGCUUCCUGUUAACGAAGUCGACGUCUUAGAUGCAUCAUAUACAUGGUAUGAGAGAAAGAAAGAUUCAAGACUUUUACAUGCAUAGCGUCGGAGUUCUGGUUCUAGAUAGCCCACUCAGCACUCUUAGCCUCCAACAGCUUUUCGUGUCGUUACGAUUGAGAGACAGCUAUCCAAUUUUAAACUCGCUUUGAAUAUUCUACAUGUUAAAGUGAAAGGCACAAUGGAGUUCUUUCUCUCUGCUAACACAAGUGAGUUGGUAUGAUCACACCGGGAGUGGCUAGAUCGGUGGUAAUGAGUAGACAAGGACGAACGUGGACGGUCGAUAUC